CCCGCCCCCCACCCCGGGCCGCCUCGAUAACUCACAACAAAACCACAGCGAGCGGGGCAGGAGCCUGGAGCUGUCCACACACACACACACACACAGCCGGCGGAGUGAGGGAGAGACAGAGGGAGAGAAAGAAGGAGGGAGAGGGAGGAAGAAAGAAAGAAAGAAAAUCGCUUCAACGCUGUCGAACAAAGGAAAUAACCGUCCGAUUAAAAGAUCGGAGGAGGGAGGGGGCGACCCUUCCCUUCAGGCGGUUGGAGAUUUUUUUUCUCUUUAAUGAUAGUUACGUGAGGGGAGAGAGCUGCUUUGCUCGCCCUGGGCGACUGAGGAGGAUCGGAGAAGUGGCGCCCUCCCCUCUCCUCCCCUCCACUCCACUCCAUCCCAGACGGCUGGCUGGCUGCCUCAGGCUGGGCUCCGCUCCUCAUCAAUCACUCCCCGCUCCCUCCCUCUCUCUCUGGUCGUUAUUUUGCUCGCUCGCUGGCUCUCUCCUUUCUUCGACGGUGCGAAUCAUGUCGGCCCGCGUCUGGUUCCUGACAGAUCGCAGGAUCUUGCAGGAUUACCCCCAGCAGGAGAUCGAACGCGCCCUCCGACAGAAAUGCGUCGACGAGGAGGUCGAGUUUCGCAUGAUCUUGAUGGACGAGAUCGUCAUCACCAUCGAACAAGGAGCUUUGGGACUGCGUAUCAAACAGGAUCUGGUAACCAGUUACCCUCAGGUGGUGGUGGUUAGAGUUCCCACCCCUUCAGUACAGAAUGACAGUGAUAUAACAUUACUGCGCCACCUUGAGAAGAUGGGCUGUCGUCUAGCCAAUCGUUCACAGGCUAUAUUGCACUGUGUUAACAAGUUCUGGACAUUCCAGGAGCUAGCUGGUCAUGGAAUACCUUUACCUGACACUUUCUCUUAUGGUGGCCAUGAAAACUUUUCAAAAAUGAUUGAUGAAGCUGAGCCUUUGGGUUAUCCAGUAGUAGUUAAAAACACACGAGGCCAUCGAGGUAAAGCAGUUUUCCUGGCACGGGACAAGCAUCAUUUGACUGAUUUAUCUCACCUAAUACGACAUGAUGCUCCAUACCUUUUCCAGAAAUAUGUAAAGGAAUCCCAUGGGAAGGAUAUCCGUGUGGUGAUGGUAGGAGGCCGUGUAAUUGGUGCGAUGUUACGCUGCUCAACUGAUGGAAGAAUGCAAAGCAAUUGCUCACUUGGAGGUGUUGGUGUGCUGUACCAGCUGAGUGAACAGGGCAAGCAGUUGGCGAUCCAGGUUUCCAAUAUUUUGGGCAUGGACAUUUGCGGUAUCGAUCUUCUCAGAAAAGAUGAUGAUUCUUUUGUAGUAUGUGAAGCCAAUGCAAAUGUGGGUUUCAAAGCCUUUGACAAAGCUUGCAAUCUGGAUGUAAGCAGUAUCAUAGCGGACUAUGCCCUGUCGUUACUGCCAAGCAGACUGACCAGGAAAAUGUCACUUCUUUCUGUAGUUUCCAGUGCUAGUGAAACGAGUGAGCCGGAGGUAGGAGCUCCAGUCAGCGCCAUUCCGGAAGGUGUAUUCACCAUGAGUGUGGGAUCAAGUUCCAGUGAGAGUGACCCCGAAAUAGUGGAGGUCAGGGAUUCUGACACUACUGCUUCCAGGUCCAUGCACACUGUACUGCCUGAACCAGGCUACAACAUGAACAAUCUCAUAAAUACUGAAAUUAAACUAUUGAGUGAGUGAGAUGAGAAAGCUCUACUAAUAGGUAUAAACAGGGGUGCUUUCCCAGCUCAGCUGGAGAAAAAGGUAAAAGAAUUAACAGAAGGGACACGAUCUAAUUUUUUUUUCUCCCAUAUUAAUCAUUAAGUCUGAGUUUGUGGAAAAGCCCAGACUGAUGACAACCAUCAAUCCACUCCAGGUGGGUUAUGCUGUCUCCAUGCCAUUGAGGUGGAUGGGUGGGAGUAUUCAUUAAGCACACCAUGUAUAUUUAAUUCAGUAGCACUAUAGGAUGAGUUCAGUUGAUUGGUUAAAAAGCAUGGCCUUGCCAAUAAGAAGGUAGCUGGUUAAUGUCUGAAGGCAGAGACCAGUUAUUGUUGUGGAGAAAACCCUCCCAUCAGUGCUAUUUGGGAAACGCAUGGCCUUUGCUUGACACCUUUCUAUGUUGACAUGGUUGUUAUCAUGAACUUCCUGUAUUUGGAAUCAAUCUCUUGCCUCUCUACAAUGAACUGCCCAUCCAUGUUAUUUUCCUUUCCUUAGAUUAGGUGCUACUCAUACCCCUUGUUUUUCUGUCUACUGUAUUAACAGUGCUACUUGGACUGCACAUAAUUUAAGCAUUUUUCAGGAAUUUUGGUGGGAACAAUUUGAACUGAUGGGCUAAUUAACAAAUGGGUCAAUUAGUAUUCCGGAGCAUAAAGUCACUAACAAACUUGGAUAUUUUAGCUGUCUUCACAGCUUAAGGAUGGAGCAAAUACAUUAAAUUAAAGUUAAAUGAUAGCACAAACCAAAAAUAAUAUAAGCUGCAAUUUCAAUUCUUCUCUCCCUUUUUCUCGAAAAAGAAAAUCUUUGAAUUGUAAGGUUAAAAUGCUGAUGAGCAAAUAAAUAAAUGUCUGCAGAAGAUGAAUGACAUACAAAUUAAUUGGCAGUGUGAAAAAUGACAUGGCUAAUCAUUUAAUAUUCUUAAUGGGCAUUGAAAGUUGGAAUAUGAUGUUGCCUACCAGGCUAAUUAAUGGAUGAAGAAUGCAUCUUGAGGGUAUGGAAAAACAAGUUGCUAAGAAGAAGUUUAUCUUUGUUUUAAAGUGAGAGAGCUACUGAGAGGAGAUUCUAUUAUGAGAUUGAUGAAUUCUUCAUUUUACUUGUCAACUCAGUUGAUUAACUUGUAGUUCCAUAAAAACAAUCUUAGGCAUAACAUUGAAGUAUCAGGGAAAUAAAUAGGUUGAGUAGUCUCACGCUUUGAUGGAGAAAAUCUUUUGGUUCAUGACUGACUAAGUUAAUAUGUGGUUUGAAUGCAUUAUGUUACAGCUCCAAUGCUCUCCAUCAUUUUAAUUUUGGUUGCUAAUACUUGUACCAACAUUGCAGUUUAAGGUAAACAUAGACUGUCCUCUUUGAAGCUUGUGUCCCCAGUGUUUUUACCCUGAAUAAUAUUGUUAAAGUUAUGGGUGAAGUGUUGAAAUGCAUAUCUGCAUUUAACCUGCGGAUUUAAUUGGCGAAAUGCACAAGGUGCAGAAUGCAUAGAGUUUAGUAAGAACUAGAAAAUUAUCAUUUUACAUGAUUGUUUGCAAAUUGGAUGUUUAUAUCUCAAAAUAUUGAUUAUCUGUCAGGUGGGUAAUAUCCACAAAAUGUGCGAAUACAGAGGAUUGACUGAAUUAUUUCAGGCAUGCCAGAAGUCAGCUCCAACUUCUUGAACAAUUGUGCUUCUGCUGUGAAGAGAUAAAGUAAUUGUAUUUAUAAAUUAUAUCUUCCAGUAUAAUUCGCACAACGUUGCCAUCAAGUUGUUCUUUUCAAAUGUCAGUAAUUGUUGGUGAGAUUCAGUGCACAUUUCUGAUUGUGUGACUUCUGGCGGUGUGUGUAAAUGUCAGCAAGCCCAAGUUCAGACACUUUAAAAGUACUAGUAUUUACAAGGUAGUAACUUGAUUUUAAUUGAAUCUUAGUUGAAUCAUAAGCUUAUUUCACCAUACGGUUAUUAAUACUGGCAAUUUUAAACAAGAGCCAUCAGCAUAUUUAGCGAUUGUGUCAUGAAAAAUCAAUUAAAAUGGCUCUGUUAAGUGGCAGCUGCUAUGUCGGGUGAGAAGGUACAUACUAACCUAGUCAAUUCAUUAAAUAUACCCAUUUAAGAAACAGAUAAUUAUUGUAGUAUUUAAAACAAAUAUUACAUUGAAGUAACUUGAUAUCUUGAGUUAUAUGUUGACUAAAAAUCUCGAAGCAGAUGCAAAUAAUUUUGCAUAUUAGCUCUAGACGGUUGAGUGCAUUUACGCGGAAGAUAGUAUGGCACCAAUAUGACUGAGCAUAUGUGUAUAGAGCGUUACAUUUGACUUUACUGUGCCUGGGCUAGAGGGACAAGGCAAUUAACCUCAGCAGGAAAGUAUGAACAGUAACAAAAGAUAAAAGCAGAUUUGAUUUUAAUUUCUCCACUGGUAUAUGUAAUAUUUUGCUUUUGACUCCAAGUCAAUUAGCCCACUAACGUUUGCUAAUCAAGCUUGAAGUUGAAUUGCUGGAGGGAAGAACCAUCACCUUGUCUUCGGGGAAGUAAAGAUGAGGGAGAAAAUUCAAAAUUUAAAACCACUUUUGCGAAGAAGUUGUAUAAUCUCAACAGGGGACAGUAACUUUUAUUUGCAGGUAACAACGUUCAUUGCAAAAACUGUUAAGCUUUCAUAAUCGUUCUCUUUUUCCAAACACAGAACUUACCAAUGUUCUUUCUAAAGGAGUUAUUUGAUUUCCCUGUAAAUAUAUUUUAAGAAUAACAAGGUUUUUAUCAAGAUAUAAAUGUAACUGAAUAAGUAAGGUAUGCUUUAACAGACACAGUUAAUGACCCCAUUCUUUGUUUUCUUUGACUAUUGUUACUUGUAAAUAGUUUGCUAUCUCCUGCAAAAUUGUGCUUCACAAAUUUUGAAAUUUCUGUCAUCUAUGUUAAUGUCCAAGAUUGUGAUAAAUGGGUGGGAGGCUUCUGUUGACAAAGGAGAGAUGUGACUAAUAAAGCAGAUGCUGCUUUUGUGUGAAAUUGGAGAGCUCCAGAACUGUUGGAAAAUCGCAUUGGAGAUGGUUUACAAUUUAAGAGGAUGAAGUACCUUCAUAUUUGCACAAAUAUGUCGUGUAAAUUUUGCGUUAUUAAUUUUGUGAUGCUAACUGAAGCGUAACAAAAUAAAAAACUGCAGCUCAAGGUGAAAGUAUUUUAACGUAGUAAUGGAGAAGCAUUGGAAGUCUUUUGAUGCUUUGCCUCAUCUUUCAGUAAUUUAAGAUUUUACUGAUAUUUUUACUUUUAAACUAUUCAGAAUACCAAGACAAGUUGGUUAAUAUAAUGCAGCAUUUUGUGCACUGGAUGUAUCCUGGUUAUAGUAAGAUAUUAAAACUAGGUAAACCGGUGAGUUAAUUCAUGAUAUGCAGUUAGCUAUUGACCAAAUAGUUACAGCUAAAAUCUCAAGUGUUUUUUGCUCUUUAUGUUCUGCAAAUGGUGAUUUUAAACAUGUAAACAAAUACAAUGAAUUUUCAAGCCAUGCACACGCAGAAUUUAUUUUAAGACAUGAAUUUCUUCACCUGUGCAAUGUUUUUUUUUAUGAAUUGUGUUCCGAAUGUAAAUAUCAAAAAAGUGCCAGGUAGUUAUCAGUUUGAAGACGGGUCCCAUAUCGAAACGUCAUCUGAACAUUUCCCUCCCUUGGGAGAAACCAACAUCAGAUAAGAUUUGUUAUUAAUUAUGACAUCCACCUGUCCAAUAAUUAUAGAGUGAAAUGUUGCACAGUUUUUAUACUUAGACAUUGGCGGAGACGUUAUCCUAUCAUCCACAAUUCUCUUUCAUUCCAGUUUGAUUAGGAGUUUAAAACAUUGGAACAACAAUAUUAUUACUGACCGUUGGCAUUUGUGCCACUUUAGCAAGGAUUUUUUAAACAUAAUAGUAGAACUUGUAAAUGUUGCUUGUCCUAACUUCAGCACAAUAGAAAAAUGGUUUCCAUUAAUUUGGAAACACAUUCUGAAAUUUUGACAAAUAAAGCAGACUCUCCACUUUACCGAAAACUCAACUUGAAUUCCUGAUUGUAAAUGUUUUAUCACAGUCCAACACUUGUCUUUUUGCCCUAUGUAAACUUAAGAGCAGUUCAUUUUAUAGAGUGUAAAACAGAGGCAACUGUGCCAACCCUGAUAUUGGAUGUGUUUCCAGACCGAGGGGGAACAUUAGGAGAAACCUUGUAUUAUAAUAUACCCUAAGUAGUAUAUUAUGCAGAUGUAGGUAGGAAUUAAAUUUAACUUGUAUUUAAGAGAGAGAAAAAUAUUUGAACAUCUGAAAACUGAAUUUAUGCUUUUACGGCUUAUUUCAUAAACACAAUGUUCUUUAAACAUUGGGAUAGGAAUGGGAGGGAAAAGUAUGAAAAUGUACACUUUAUGAAUAAGCUGAGUGUUCUGGUGCACUGAACUGUACAGCUGUGAAGUUUGAAUUUAUUGAUGGUAUUACUAACUGCUUUUCUCUGUAGAACAUUGUGUUUAGAGCAAAGUAUUUUGUGAAAGUAUGACUGUGCAUGCUAGACUGGGUGCCUUGUUCAAAUGGGAUUAUGAAGCAGUUGUCGAAAGGCCACAAAUGAGUUUUGGGUAUAAGGCAUUUGCACAACCAGCUGUCCUUGACAACAUUAGGAAAGUAACUGAGGCAAUUUCAAAGAACAAAUCUUGGAAAUUUGUGCAACUUAACCUUUACCAAGAUGAUGGUUUGGAAGAUGUGCAUUACAUUUGUUUUCACUGGCCUUUGUUGGGGGUAAAGCAGUAUCAGGUGCUGCAUUUUCAUGUUUUGUGGAAAAUAAUUUACUGAUUGUUUCUCUUUAGGUAAACUACAGUGAAGUGAUGGCUGCUGCAUUUUCAACCCAGCAGUUCAAAAUCUAUAACCCUGACCUUACAUUGCAUUUACACAUUCUACAAAAGGGGCUGUGAAUAGCAUCUAGCAACAGUGAUAUGUGUAAUUACAUUGUCUUCAGGAUCAAAUUACUGGAGUUGCAAAUAGUCAAAAUAAAAUUGGAAUAUCUGUUUUGUUCAAAAUAAUAUGCUAUACCCUUGGGCUGCAGUCCUGAAUGGUGCAAUAGUAAACUGCACCAAAAGGACAUUGUACAUAAGCUGACGAUUUUUUAUAGACCUAAAUUUGUAGCUUUUUUUGAUCUUGCCCAAAUGGCAGCUAGAAUUUGAAAAUUUAUAAACUUAUGUAAAUUUUUCAUGUUUUGUCACAAAGCAUAUUUUAUAAACACUUUUUUAAAUCAUUUGUAUUUGUUUUUAAGUAUUGUUCCACUGGUGAAUUGUCAUCUGGUAUGAAAGGAAUCUGAAAUAGAAAAUGUUCUACUUGUAGAGCUGAUUCCACAUUACGUGAUACCUGUGCAGCCUGGUUGACACCUGAGUGACCGCAGCCCAAAGGUAAUGAAGCAAAUGGUAACUUAUUUUCCAAUAGAAGUACGUCAAGAUUUUGUUUCUGAUAAUAUGAGUGAUAUCUCUGUCCAUUAAUACAAACUACCUUUUUUUUCCCCAUGAAGAGACAAACUCUUGGCCAAUCUCAUUCUUUUUGGACAAUCAUCUCAUUCAGCUAAGGGUUACCAAUUGUAUUAUUUUUAUUAUUCUGUGUGAGUGUGUGAGAGAAGUGAGCACAUGCAUGCUUUGUGAUUGUACAGCUAUUAAGAGUGUGGUUAAAUGGUUGACAUGCAUUGUUUGAAACAUUUGAAGGACUAAUGAGAUCGAUAAUACUUGGUAGUGGUUUAAUUAUCAUUUGAAUGGGAGUAAACUGAAUUCUUAAGAUCAGUAUUGCACUUUUCUUCCCUAUGUACAGUGCCCUCCAUAAUGUUUGGGACAAAGACCCAUCAUUUAUUUAUUUGCCUCUGUACUCCACAAUUUGAGAUUUGUAAUAGGAAAAAAAAUCACAUGUGGUUAAAGUGCACUUGGUCAGAUUUUAAUAAAGGCCAUUUUUACACAUUUUGAUUUCACCGUGUAGUGUUUAUACAUAGUCCCCCCAUUUCAGGGCACCAUAAUGUUUGGGACACAGCAAUGUCAUGCAAAUGGAAGUUGUCUUGUUUAGUUUUUUGUUGCAUAUCCUUUGCAUGCAAUGGCUGCUUGAAGUCUGGAAUUCAUGGACAUCACAAGUUGCUGGGUGUCUUCUCCGAUGAUGCUCUGCCAGGCCUGUAAUGCAGCCAUUGUUGGCUUAUGCUUGUUUUAGGGGGUAGUCCCCUUCAGUUUUCUCUUCAGUAUAUAAAAGGCAUGCUCAUUUGGGUUCAGAUCGGGUGAUUGACUUGGCAACUCAAGAAUUUACCAUUUUUUAGCUUUGAAAACUCCUUUGUUGCUUUAGCAGUAUGUUUGGGAUCAUUGUCUUGCUGCAGAAUGAACCGCCGGCCAAUGAGUUUUGAGGCAUUUGUUUGAACUUGAACAGAUAGAAUGUGUUUAUACCCUUCAGAAUUCAUUAUGCUACCACCAUCAGCAGUUGUAUCAUUAAUGAAAAUAAGGGAGCCAGUACCUUCAGCAGCCAUACAUGGCAGGCCAUAACACCCCCACCACCGUGUUUCACAGAUAAGGUGGUAUGCUUUGGAUCUUGGGCAGUUCUUUCUCUCCUCUAUACUUUGGUCUUGCCAUCACUCUGAUAUAAGUUAAUCUUCGUCUCAUCUGUCCACAAGACCUUUCUCCAGAACUGUGGUUGCUCUUUUAAGAACUUCUUGGCAAACUGCAAUCCGGCCAUCCUAUUUUUGCGGCUAACAAGUGGUUUGCCUCUGUAUUUCUGUUCAUUAAGUCUUCUGUGGACAGUGGUCAUUGGCAAAUCCACACCUGACUCAUGAAGAGUGUUUCUGAUCUGUUCGGACAAGUCUUUGGGGAUUUUUCUAUAUUAUAGAGAGAAUUCUUCUGUCAUCAGCUGUGGAGGUCUUCCUUGGCCUGCCACUCCCUUUGCGAUUAGUAAGCUCACCAGUGCUCUCUUUCUUCUUAAUGAUGUUCCAAACAGUUGAUUUUGGUAAGCCUAAAGUUUGGCUGAUGUCUCUGUAACAGUUUUAUUCUUGUUUCUCAGUCUCAUAAUGGCUUCUUUGACUUUCAAUGGCACAUCUUUGGUCCUCAUGUUGAUAAACAGCAAUAAAAGUUUCCAAAGGUGAUGAUGGAAAGACUGGUGGAAAGACUAGGUGCUGAGAGCUCUCUUAUACCUGCAUUAAGGAGCCAAUUAAACACACCUGAGCAAUUACAAACGCCUGUGAAGCCAUGUGUCCUGAACAUUAUGGUGCCCUGAAAUGGGGGGACUAUGUAUAAAGACAGCUGUCAUUUCUACAUGGUGAAACCAAAAUGGAUAAAAAAUACCCUUUAAUAAAAUCUGACAAUGUGCACUUUAAACACAUGUGAUUUUUUUUUUUCUAUUACAAAUCUGAAAUUGUGGAGUACAGAGGUAAAUAAAUAAAUGAAGGGUCUUUGUUCCAAACAUUAUGGAGGGCACUGUAUGUGGAUUUUGUAACAAUUAACCAACUGGAGUUUUAUUACAUUUGUAGAUGGAUAAGUCGUUGUGACAUGAACUACACAAAUAACAGAAAAUACAAAUGUAUGGAAACCUUUAUUAUCCUAAUAUUUAAAAAUAUUCAUCUCACUUAAGAUUUGAUACAAAAGCAGGAAAUCAAACAAUGAAGGAUAAAACAUCAACUGAGGAUCCCUCUAUUUAGAUGUGUGAAGAAUACAGAAUGUAAGCAGAAUAUUAAGAUAAGAGAACGUUUAUCACCCCCUCCCACCCUACCCUGUUUUUGCAGUAAUGCUGUAUGAUUAUAUUCUCAACUUCUACCAUGUAUUUCCUUCAGCCUCUAUGGCACUAAAUAAAUGCAAUGCAAAGUCCCCAUAGUAGUGAAUAUAUAAAGAUCCAUAGGUGUGGGGUUAAACCUCAACAAUAAAAACUGUGAACAUUACAUUUGUUAAACGAUAUUUAACACUAUGACUCCAAGUUUGUGUUUUUUAAAGAAUGUUAUUAAAGUAUUAGCCUUAGCCGUUUUGCAAAUAUCACGUUGGAGUUUAUAGAAUGUUUUAUGGAUCUAGCAGUUUGUGAAACUCCCUCAAGUGGUAUUUGAAUAAUUAGUUGAAACGGCAUGGCUGUGAUGUUAGUUACAUUGAUCAUGGUAAAUACUGUACAUAUAUUCUGUUUCACUUUUCUAGAAUGUAAUAAAAUGUUUCAUAGAAACUAAAAUCAUUUAUUAAGCUGAAUUGUGCUUUCUAACAAAAAUCGAACGAUAAGUGAAGGGCUAUGUCGAAUACGGAUGCAUCAUAUGUGUUCUGCAAUGAAACAGCCUCUUGGAAAACAUUCCGCCGAGAUUUUUGUAAAAUGUCAACAUUAAACACUCACGUUUGAACUGAGAA